AUGAAUAAUAAUAACAAUAACAACAGCAAUACUAAUAGCAUUAAUGGUGGUGGUUCCAUUAACAAUACUAAAAAACAAUUUAUGCCUCAUAUAUUAUUACCGCCAACUUCAUCUUUAGAUAUUGGUCAUAAUUCUAUCAAUGGUACUAGUUUUCAACAUACAUUUCAUCCGGUUUCUACCAACGCCAACACUAGUACUAAUAAUAAAACAGGUAAUUUGCCGCCUGCCCAAAAACCUUUUUAUUCUUUACCUUCUAUCACUGCACCAGAAGAUAAUAAUACUAAUUCCUCUACUGAUACUAAUUUGACUGCCACUAGCAACGUCAAUCGUGUCGAGUCGACAGCCCAUAGCGCCUCUCUUAAUAUUACCCCAUCUAAUACUAAUAAUACCACUACUAAUAAUAGUAGUGGUAGUGGUAGUGGUAGUAUUAGUAGCAAUAAUAAUAAUAAUAACAAUAAUGAUAAUAAUAAUAGCAGCAACAACAACAAUAAUAACAACAAUAAUAAUAGUAGUAAUAGUAAUAGUAACAUAAUUUUGCCCUCAGUUCAAAAUAGCUUGCCAAGGCCCUCUAUUUUGAACACCUAUAUGGAUCAUACGUUGCCCUCGACAUCCACAACGAGCACGGCGAAUACAAUCAGAGGAGGAAUAUCUGAACCUCAUAAACAACAACACAAUAUAAAUUUAAACGGUGCCACCAUCGCGCCCAAGCCUAAUAUUAACAAUUCCGACCCUGCUGCUACUUCCAUUUCGUCUAACAUUAAUGCUGAUUCUAAUGAUAAUGGUGUCCCCAAUAACGCUAAUAGAUCUUUAAAUGUUAAAGAUGCUUUAUCAUACUUAGAACAGGUCAAAACACAAUUUAGUGAUAGAACUGAUGUUUAUACUUCCUUUUUGGAUAUUAUGAAGGAGUUCAAAGCCCAAACUAUUGAUACACCGGGUGUCAUUGAAAGGGUCUCUACUUUGUUUAAUGGAUAUCCUAAUUUGGUUCAAGGCUUCAACACUUUUUUGCCACGCGGUUAUAAAAUAGAAUGUUCCUCUGAUAUCAAUGAACCAAUAAGAGUUAUUACUCCAUUCAAUCCUGAGGGGGCGGUUCAUCAUUAUAAUAAUAAUGAUAACUAUCCCGCUGUUAGUGGUGCUAAUACCAAUGUCGCUGCCAUUGUUAAUGAUAAGAGUAGUGGUAAUACUAGUGAAGUUACCUCCAAUCAACCAAUUCAAGCUUUGGAUAUCAAUAAACAAACACAACAGCAACAACAGCAACAGCAACAGCAACAACAGCAACAGCAACAGCAACAACAGCAACAGCAACAGCAGCAACAACAACAACAGCAACAACAGCAACAGCAACAGCAGCAACAACAACAACAACAACAGCAGCAACAACAACAACAAGUGGUAGGUAUCAAUCCUGUGAAUAGUGCUUCCGUUGGUACUGUUUCGCCUGUUGUCACUACUGAUGCUGACGUAACUACUGCAACUACAACUGGUACUGGAGGUGGUGAUGUAGAAUUCAGUCAUGCGAUUAACUAUGUUAAUAAAAUCAAAACUAGAUUUGCUAAUCAGCCCGAAAUCUAUAAGAGUUUUUUGGAAAUUUUGCAAACCUAUCAAAGGGAGCAAAAACCCAUUAACGAAGUUUAUGGACAAGUUACUUUGUUAUUUCAGUCUGCGCCAGAUUUGUUGGAGGAUUUUAAAAAAUUUUUACCUGAAUCGCCAAUACAACAAGAACAGCAAAUACAUACUGUUGAACAGAACGCUUAUCAAAGUCAACCUGGUACUGCUGUUAUUGAUUCUCACCAGAACGGCAGCAAUGGAUAUUAUUAUCAAAAUAAUAUUCAAUAUGAUACACAACAGCAGCAGCAACAACAACAACAACAACAACAACAACAACAACAACAACAACAACAACAACAACAACAACAACAACAACAACAACAACAACAACAACAGCAGCAGCAGCAGCAGCAGCAGCAAAAACAACCACAGCAACAUUUACCACCAAUUGGUAAUUUUUCUCCGCCUGGCAAAGUCCACGAAAGCGCUUUAAUAACACAACAACAGGGCAGCUAUCCGAUGGAUAAUAUGAAAGUACAAUCUGAUUUAGUAGAAAAACAACAACAACCGUUUUUAUCAUCCCAUAUUGCCACACAAGGUAUAUCUAAUGAUGAAAUUCCUGUUUCUGAUCUAAGAAGUGACAUAUUGAUAGAUAAUCAACAACAGAAACAACAACUACAACUACAACAGAAACAACAGCCAAUGUAUGAAGAAGUUAUAGCACCUCGACCAGAAAUCGAUCUAGAUCCAAGCUUAGUGCCUGUUAUACCCGAGCCUAUUGAGCCUAUAGAAAGUGAGAUAAAUUUGGGUGAAGAGGCAACAUUUUUUGAAAAAGUCAAGAAAUUCAUUGGUAAUAAGCAGAUUUAUACUGAAUUUUUGAAGAUUUUGAAUUUAUAUACCCAAGAUUUAAUUAGCAAGCACGAUUUAGUAAUUAAAGUCCAAUAUUAUAUAGGUGAGAAUUCUGAAUUGUUCAACUGGUUUAAAAUCUUUGUUGGGUAUGAAGAAUAUCCAAAACAUAUAGAAAAUAUUGUCCAUGAAAAACAUAAAUUAGACUUAGAUUUGUGCGAGGCGUGUGGCCCUAGUUAUAAGAAAUUACCUAAAACAGAUACAUUUGUGCCCUGUUCCGGUAGAGAUUCCAUGUGUUGGGAAAUUUUAAACGAUGAGUGGGUUGGGCAUCCAGUUUGGGCUUCUGAAGAUUCUGGAUUUAUAGCACAUCGUAAAAAUCAGUAUGAGGAAACACUUUUCAGAAUAGAAGAAGAAAGACAUGAAUAUGAUUUUUACAUUGAAGCAAAUUUAAGAUCAAUUCAAACUUUGGAAACUAUUGCUAAUAGAAUUGCUGCUAUGACUCCUGAAGAGAAAAAAGCCUUUAGAUUACCGCCAGGUUUGGGCCAUACCUCGCUAACUAUAUAUAAAAAAGUUAUUAGAAAAGUUUAUGACAAAGAUAGAGGCUGGGAGAUUAUUGAUGCCUUACACAACAAUCCAGCUCUUUCUGUUCCAAUUAUUUUGAAAAGGUUGAAACAAAAAGAUGAGGAGUGGAGAAGAGCACAAAGAGAGUGGAAUAAAGUUUGGAGGGAGAUGGAACAAAAAGUUUUCUUCAAGUCAUUAGAUCAUUUAGGGUUAACUUUUAAACAAACUGAUAAGAAACUUUUAACAGUUAAGCAGCUAGUUUCUGAAAUCAGUUCUAUCAAAGUUGACCAAAAUAGCGGACCAGGCCACCACCACCAUCAUCAUCAUUAUCAUCAUGGAGGUAUUGGCGGUAAUAAAGACAAGGAUAAAAGGAUACAUCCCUUAACACCGACUCCCAAGAGCCAACUAGAUUAUGAUAUCAAGGAUUUUGAUGUUUUAUUGGAUAUUUUAUAUUUAGUGUAUGUUUUCAUUUCUCACACAUCCACUUAUUCUAAUCCUGAUAAAGAAAAGUUGCAAAAAUUCUUCAAAUGGUUUUUCCAUGUUUUCUUUGACUGUCCUUACCAUGAAAUGAAUAAGAUACUCAUAAACAAGGGGUUUGAAAUCGAAGAUGAAGAUGGCACUGCUGAUGAAAUUCAAAAUGAAAACGGCAAGCGACCAAAAAUAUCAGCAACAGCUCAUGAUAGCUCUAAUUUAACCUUUAGGGAAGUUCUUCAAAAGAAUAAGAAUAAAAGGGUAAAUACUAACGAUGAUGAUUCCGUAUCUGCAAAUGCUGUAUCAUCCCCUUUUGUGAAUACAACCGCAGCACAAGAAAGUGAAGGUCAUAUUGAAGAGGAGCUUUUGAAACGAGAAGCUGGCAAGCCGUGGAUUUUAGGACCCUUAGUGGAAGAAGCAAAUACUAGUGGGUUUGUUAAAAAUAGAAAGAAUUUUAACAUGUUUGGUAACACAAAUAAUUACGUAUUUAUCCGUUUCUUAACAACCAUAUAUCAAAGACUAUAUGAAGUUAAAAAGUUGGAUAAACAAGUCACCAAAGAAAUAAAAAGUAGGAAAGUGGUAGAAUAUGCUAAAGAUUUGAAUUUAAUAUCUACUCAAUUAAAAGAAAUGGGUUUAGAUUUCAAUUCUGAUAGUGCGUACCAAAAACUGUUGGAGUUUUCUCGAAAAUUAAUUGAAGGUACGAUUGAAAACCAAUGGUUUGAGGAGAGUUUGCGUCAAUCGUAUAGGAAUAAGGCCUUUAAAUUGUAUACGAUUGAUAAAGUUAUUCAAGGGUUAGUAAAACAUGCCCAAGUUUUAACCAGCGAUUCCAAAACAAUUAAAAUCAUGGAAUUGUUUGAGAAAGACAGGUUGAAUUUAGAUACAACUUGUAAAGAUCAAAUUUUGUAUCGUUUGCAGGUUAGAUCGCAUAUGACACCAACAGAAAAUAUGUUUCGCAUUGGAUAUAAUCGAGACAACAAGCAUAUUUGUAUUCAAUUUGUUGCUAUCGACGAUUUGACGAUAUCUAGCAACUCUUCGUCAGAAGAGCAAUGGAGGUACUAUAUUACAAGCUAUUCUUUAUCGCACCCCACUGAAGGUGUUUCCCAAGAAAAAAUAUCGCCACCGUUAUUCGAUAGGAUGCUUGAAGAUCCAGCAGAAGACACAUCAGAAGGUAGCGAAUCGCCACUUCAAGAUCAAUCUGGUGAUUUCAAUAAGGAAAGUGUUGAUAUACACUCAGUACAGGGUGUUUCUUAUUCAAAUGUGAGCAUUAACAUUAGCAAAUCAGACUACAAAUUGGAUAUUGAACCAGGUUCACAAGAUGUAUUUUCCAGAAAGGCCAUAAACAAAUACCCAGUGAUCAAGGGAGAACAGAAAUCUAAGAAACAAGAGACUACUAAGAGAUUAGAGGCCGUGUUAAAUAGCUCCGCUGGUUGGAAAAGAAAUAUUAACAAAGAAAAAAGUGACUCAGUUGAAAAUGAGAUUCAGAAUGUGAAGUCAAUUGGCAAUACCGGUGCUGGUGGCGAUUGA